AUGUCUUCCUCAUAUGUGGGUGCACCUGCCACUUCAACUCGCCGUGCUCGAGGAUCCUCCCUUCCACCAUCCUCACCUCUCUCGUGGCUUGAGUCUUCCUCACCUCCUCAUGCACUGCCUGAAGCUAAUGGGCUGACAAUCGGAGACCUCAUGCUAUAUGUAUUUGAUCCACAGUCCAAAUAUCCAGAACGUUGGACAGGCUUCCUCCAACAUCCUUCACAAGUGAACCAGCUCCUCGACUGCAUCAGCAAACACAGCAGCUCGGCUGCACGCCAGACAGUCCGAUCAUGGGCAACCCAUGUUGUUGGUGACAUGGUCUGUCGUGAGGCUCAGCAAACCAUGGCAUUGGGGGUAUACCAGAGCCAUCGCAAACCAAUCGACAGGGACUACUUCCUUGGACUCGACCUCUCUCGUAUCCACUGGUACCUCGAGCUUGAGGCAAGUACCAUGAUGACUAUCCUGUCGGCAUUCACGACAUGUAGGAGGCACCUGACAACAUGCACGACCAAUCGAGCUGCUCAAAAACGUAAUAUCAUGACGUUUGCGGCUCUACAGUGUCUCAGUGAGUUCAGCCGCAGCAACAACUAUACCAAACGUAUCUUCUCGGUAUACUUCUAUGCGUCAGGUGCACAGCGGCAGACUCUGUCCAUUCUUUCACAUAUUGGUCUCACAGAGAGCUAUUCAAAUCUCAUCGACAAGUCACGACCGAUGAAACUCGCUACGGACUUAGACCCAGCUCCAUCAGCACCUGCCGCUCUCGCUGCAUCACAAGGGACUACGACCACACCAACAAAAGUACAUAUGGCAUAUCAUAUACAACCGGGCACUCUUCGACAGAUGUCUAUGUCCAUGUGCACUGUAGCCCGCACGGUUGCUGCCACAGGGCUGUAUGCAACAUGCUACGAUAACAUUAACAUGAUGCUCCAUGUCUCUGAACAGAUCUUGGGACGUAUGGACUCGCAGGAGAACGGGACAUGUGCGACUAUAUGGCCAUUGUGGAAAGCAGUCCCAGAAGAUUUGUCGCUCCCGGAGUUUGAGCAUCAGUUUGAUCGUGCAUCCCCACUUUCCAUCAAGGAUGACUUGCUCACUCCGCAGGAAAACAGCAUGUUACAUGCCGCAUUCGAGCAUACCAUCUUGGGUGCUAACUUCAAGAAGUAUGAAGCGGACUUAAAUCGGAGUCAGCCGUGUUCGGACCACAUCAUCGAGGUUCAUAAGACUUCCCUACAUGCAUUGCCUGCCAUGGAGAUUGAAGAGGUUACGAUAGUCGGAAAUGCCAAGGUUGUCAAGACUAUCCUCAAGGAGCUCGACGUUGACACGUCGACAUCUGCCUUUGGCCGCAUUGUACACAUCUUUGCUGGCAAUCAGUUGUCCAUUGCACAUCUACGGGCCAUUCAGAACAUCCAUGCAGGUCAAGAAGGCAGGUUUUUGGGCUUUGGAUGGGGUGUCUGGAUGCCUGGACUGUUUCAUGCCAAGAUAGCAGAUGCUCACAGUACACUAUUCACGCACUGGGGAAAGCCGAACAUGGGAACUAGCAAUCCUGGCUGUCUCUGGUUCCAUAAUACAUGCCUCCAUCAUGCCCCGAUUACUCUGACCUCAUUGCCGUCUUUCCAAACUUGUCGCGAUCUCAUCUUCACCUCACCCUAUUCCCAUGUCGUUCAUUGCUUGCUCCUGGUCUCAAAUGAGAGCAGUUUAGACAAUCUGGCAGCUUCCCUGACCCGAUGGGAGGGUUUACAGGAGCUAGCCCACAGAGUCUCACAACACUUUGUCAAUCCAAACAUGAUCAACAAGAUGUGCGCAGCUCGCAGUUCUGGUGAUGCUGGCGCCGGUGAUAUGGUCUUCAAGAAUGCGGUACUCUUCCUCUGUGAUGCCCUUCUCUUGCGUGAGUUCACAGAUGCGAUCAAAGCAUGGGCCCUGCAUUUCCGUGGAAAUGGGCUAACCAAAUAUGCCCACAAGAUGCUGCAUCUCAUACACAAUUUUGCUUAUGUUUGGCCUGAAUGGAUAUGUUGUGUAGUUAUGAAUAACUGGCUGGUGAAUCCCUCUGGCCAGCCGAACUCAUGGGUUGAAGUCGAUUUAAUGCAAGAGCAUAAGAAAAUUUGGAUCAAGAAUGUGUACAAGGCCCAUGGCAGCGCAGCAUCAUGGGAGUGGCUGGAGAUGAUGUCGCCAUGCGUGGACGUCCUGCGACAUCUCACUAACAAGAUGAAGCUACUGCUCAGUUUGGACCAGGGAGUCAAGCACGCUGAAGCCAAUCUCAAAAACGACAUCUCAUUGCUCAUGGCAAGUCUUGCAGAUCACGAGGUUUACGCGGUGAAGAAUGGUAGGAUCCUUGGAGAGGAUGAUGGACCCAUUAAGGACAUUGCAACAGUAGGCCUCGAGAACUUAAUGAAUGGCAAGAGUCCCUUGGACGAGUUUAACAAGGCAUUUCUCCGCCUCCAAGCUCGCCAGCGCAUUAGUCCAAUCACUGGUGAGCCACCUUCCAAUGUGGGCACUCAGGAUGAUGCAGGUGCCGCGGAUGGUGGUGCUGCUAGCAUGCCACGUUCUAUGUCCGCAGAUGAAUUGUGUAAUGGCACCCAUGACUCGGGUGUCAAUGAAGUCUCGGAUGGGGAACCAGACAUUGACGCUGAUGCCGAAAGCUGGUAUCCUGUUGACAAUAUUGAAGAUCUGGAUGGCCCAACACUCACAAGACUGUCCACAGAAGAUGUUGAACUGGAUAUGGAUGGGGAUAGUCAGUCACGGGAGGAAGAGGUCAAGGAUCACGAUAGUGAGGACGAGCAGCUCUUUAUGGAUGUUGACAGGGAGAUUGAGGACGAUGAUGCAGAUGAAUUUUGGGGGGCAUAG